AACAAAUAGAGGAUGAAAUUGUGUUAAAGAAUGGUGAUGAUGCACCGGAAUGGUGCGAAGAAGAAGGUGAGCGUGAAUCCGAGGAUGGGAGGGGAGGAAGGUGAGUCAAGAAAGGGAGGGAGGAAGCAAAAAGGGGGCCAAGUACACUAUCUUUUUCUUUUUUUCCUGUCCCGUACCCGCCUCACUCAAACUCAACCUCGUCCUCAUCCUCGCAGCUUCUACUUUGGUCCGUCUUCCACCUCCUGCAAGCGCAGCCGCUUUUCUAUUUCUUUUUUUUUUUUGGUUUUGUUUUGUUUUUGGUUUAAGAACCAUGGAGAGCGCCGCAGGCAACCUCUCGGACGCGGAUUACGGGCUCCAAAUGGCCGCCUUGUAUAACAACAGCGGCGGCUUGUGCCGAGGCAACGUGAGCUCCAACGGCAGCGGGUGCGAGGGGGAGCGCGCACCGAGCGGCGAGCAGGACUACGGCGACGCCAACCCGGUCAUCAUCGCCAUCGUCAUCACGGCGGUCUACUCCAUCGUGUGCGUGGUGGGGCUUGUGGGCAACGUGCUCGUCAUGUACAUCAUCGUCAGGUACACCAAAAUGAAGACGGCCACCAACAUCUACAUCUUCAACUUGGCCCUGGCCGACGCCCUGGUCACCAGCACGCUGCCCUUCCAGAGCGUCAACUACCUGAUGGGCACGUGGCCCUUCGGCGACAUCCUGUGCAAGAUGGUGAUGUCCAUCGACUACUACAACAUGUUCACGUCCAUCUUCACGCUCACCACCAUGAGCAUCGACCGCUACGUGGCCGUGUGCCACCCGGUCAAGGCUCUGGACUUCAGGACGCCGCGCAACGCCAAGAUCGUCAACGUGUGCAACUGGAUCCUGUCGUCUGCCAUCGGCCUGCCUGUCAUGUUCAUGGCCUCCACCGUUGUCACUCCCUCCAGCAUUGUGGACUGCAAGCUGAUCUUCCCCCACCCCUCCUGGUACUGGGACAUCCUGCUGAAGAUCUGCGUGUUCAUCUUUGCCUUCAUCAUGCCCGUGCUCAUCAUCACCGUGUGCUACGGCCUGAUGGUCCUGCGCCUCAAAAGCGUGCGAAUGCUGUCGGGCUCGCAGGAGAAGGACAGGAACCUGCGUCGUAUCACGCGCAUGGUGCUGGUGGUGGUGGCCGUCUUCAUCGUGUGCUGGACGCCCAUCCACAUCUUUGUCAUCAUCAUCGCCCUGAUCAACAUCUCCAGCUCCACCCUGCAGACCAUCACUUGGCACUUCUGCAUCGCCCUGGGCUACACAAACAGCAGUCUAAACCCGGUGCUUUAUGGCUAUCUGGACGAGAACUUCAAGCGUUGUUUCCGCGAGUUUUGCUCAUCCGGCCCCUCGCUCCUGGAAAUGCAGAACUCCGCCCGAGUGGGCACGACGGGACGUAGGGCGCCGCAGCGCGAGCCCAACAGCGCGAAGAUGGGAGACAGGUCCAAUCAGCAGGUAUGACUAGCCGUGGAGGAGUCGUCCGUUUACUUGCACUGUCAAGGCGGCAGCGCCAACGACGAUCUCAACUCGGAAGUCACACAAGUCACCACAGGGCUCUAAUUACUCAAACACACACACGCUCACUAAUUUGCCCACAUUUACACACACUGAUUGUGAUGAAAAAUGUUGCAAGUCGGCAAACGGCACAGGACAAAUCGGAAACUGAAGUGUGGGGGCAACACGGACAAACCCCGAUUGUAAAUAAGAUGCUGACUAUUAUUAUUAUUAUGUUUUUUUACUUCAUUUAUUUUAUUUGUUUUUAUUUUUUUUACCUGUGCUCUUCAUCAUCGUCAUCCCCACAGACUUCAUUAGGUACACCUGCACAUUCUAAUGAGAUUCAAUACAAGAGCUUGAACCAAAGUUCUGCCUUUGUCAUAAACUGCAGACCUCCGCCAAGGCCAGGACCCCAAACAUGUCCGUACAAGGCAAUACUGUUUCACUCUGAUCCUCAAAGCUAACAUCUCAAAGGAGAAAGUUGAGGUUGUCUCAGUAACUGGCUGAAAUAGGAGGAAAAAAAUAGCUUUGUAUGUCUACCCCCCUCACACCGAGCUGAGCUUUGGCGCAAGAACCAAAUAAAAAAUAAAAAACAAGUCAAGACCCACAUUAGACACAACCAUGAACUACUGUAUGUCACGACGCAAAUCAAAAGCCAAGUCAAAAACUUUGUCGAGAACCAGUCGAACACUGAGUUACGAACCUUGCCAAGAACCACAUCAAGAACCAUGUCAAGAAUUGGAUUCAUAAGUAAGCAAGAACCACAUUAAGGACCAAGUCAUGAAUCAGUAAAAACCAAAUCAACAACCAAGUCUAUAAUCUGUCAAAAACCACAGCAUGAACCAAGUCUCCGACUAAGUCAACAACUCAAGAACAAAUAUCAUUCAUGAACUAAAUCAGGCAGCACGGUGAGCGACUGGUUAGAGCGUCAGCCUCACAGUUCUGAGGAUCCGGGUUCAAUCACCGGCCCCGCCUGUGUGGAGUUUGCAUGUUCUCCCCGUGCCUGCGUGGGUUUUCUCCGGGCACUCCGGUUUCCUCCCACAUCCCAAAAACAUGCAUGAAUUGGAGACUCUAAAUUGCCCGUAGGUGUGUGAAUGUGAGUGCGAAUAGUUGUUUGUUUGUAUGUGCCCUGCGAUUGGCUGGCAACCAGUUCGGGCUGUACCCCGCCUCCUGCCCGAUGAUAGCUGGGAUAGGCUCCAGCACGCCCGCGACCCUAGUGAGGAGAAGCGGUUCAGAAAAUGGAUGGAUGGAUGAACCAAAUCAAGAAUCAGUCAAGAACUACGUCAACUAGCAAGUCAGGUUGGUUCUCAGUCAAGCACCACAUCAAGAACCAAGUCAACAACCACGUCAAUAAUCAGUCAAACAACAAGUCAAGAAUCAGUCAAGAACCAAUUGAACAACCAAGUCAAUCAUCAGCCAAGGACCAAGACAACAACAAAGUCAAGAAUCAAUCAAUAACCAGGUCAAGAACUCAACAACAAAGUCAGUCAUCUGUCAAGAACAAUGUCAAAAAACAAGGCAAGAAUCAGUCAAGAACCACAUCAACAAACAAGUCAAGAACUAAAUCAAGUGCCGUAUCAAGAACCAAGUCAAAAACAAUAUAAAGAACCAUGCCAAGAACCACAUCAAAACCAGCCAAGAACCAAGCCAAGAAUCGGGUCAAAAAACACAUAAAGAACCAAGUCAAGAACCUGUCAAGAACCACAUCAAAAAAAUUAAGAACCAAUUAAUGAACAGGAUCAACAACCACAUCAAAAAACAGUAAAAAGGCACAUCAAGAGCCACACUAAACGAAAACUAAGUCUAUAAGUUUCCUCCCCCCCCCCUACUAGUGGUGCUUUUGGCCUACUAGUACUACGACCUUAAGCUGGAUAUCAAGGAUGUCGAACAAAUGCUCAAACAGCUUUCCAUACUACCCACUGGGCAAGUAAUAAAUAUUCUUGAUAUUUGACUUAGGGUCCAUGUACUAGUACACUUUUGUACUCACUAGUAAGACAACACUGGCAUGCUAGUAGGACAACCGCGUGUUCCUCGUGAGUAAUUGACAACUGCAUGCUACUUGUACUACAAGUGACAUAAUAAAAUUCUACUAGUGAACAUCUGGUGCUUCAGUAGGUACUCGUGCACAUUUUUAUCCUACAAGUAACAUGUAGUUGUCCUACAACUAGUAGGGUUGCACGGUAUACUUGUACUAGAAAAGUAUCGCAAUAUCUCAGCGUCAGAAAUGCAACCAUACCACAUGUUUUUAGUUCCUGUAUUUUUUUUUUUUAAAGUGACUAUUCUGUGCCAACUGAACAUGCUGUGCACGGUACAGCAGAUAGCAAACAAUUCUUCAAAUAAGAGGACAAAAACGCUUACUUCAAACUGUUUAUUUGUCACUACCAGUUGUAAUGUAUUGUAAAUCCGAAUCAUAAAGCAACGAGAAUCAAACAACAAACGUCCGCUAGCCUAAUGCUAACAGAUCGCUAUAGACGGGCUAAAGGAAAUUAGCAUCAAUGUUACACUAACUGUGCUAACUCAGUGUCUAAACAGCAAUGUAUAAGCUAUGAAUUUUACUCAAGUAAUAUCCUACGAUGAGACUUUAACUUCUACCUAAGUAAUUUUAUGUCAAAAUCCUUGUACUUUUACUAAAGUAUCACUUUCAGGUACUUAAUACAAAGGUAACCUUUCGUAUUAAUCAGUACCUAUGAAGUAGCGCUCAACUUCAAAAGAUUGGUUGCCCCUGGGCGAUACGUACUCCAGUAUAACUGGCCGUAAAAAUAAUAAAUGACGUAUGGCAAGACUAUUAACCUGCUCGCUACUGCAAUACAUUUAAAUACAAGUAGACUUCCCAAUGAUGACUCAGUACCUCGACUAAGCAUUGUUUCUAUUUUUCCACUGAGGCUUUUAUUAACUGUCCAAACAAUAAGUCAGAGAGGGGGAAAAAAAGAGAAAUGUGUGCUGGCUUUCACACGUCUACGUUUUGUAACAAAAAUCGUUCUUCUUUGAAACCAGUUACAAAUCUUGAAUCGAAUGAUUUUAUUUUUGCUUCCGAUUUUUAUUUAAUAUCACCCACUGCCUGAUAUUAUUUUUAAUUAAUAGAAAUACAUUGUUGUCCUGAGAUACAAGUGACCUGACUUAUGAGUAUGCUGGGAUAACAGCGGUCUUCAGAGAAUGACAUGUUGUGUAUUUAAAACAAUCAUAUAGCUUAGCUUAAUGCUAACACAUAAUGGCAAACAUCAUAGGUGGGCUCAAGCAACGGAUAUUUGAACACAAACGGUGAAGCACCACAUGUAGACUAAAACUAUAACAAUACUCACAGGGAUAUAUUCUUCGUCCUCUGUAAAGAACGACUAAUAUUACUGCAGUGCACUAAGCGAUUCUGACCAUCUCCUUUAUGUAUAUUUCUAUGUCUGUAUUAUACUGCUCCCUAAUGGUCAAGGCGCGUACACCUGACAAAGUAGAACAAUGUGUAGCAAAAACCUUAAUUUCUUUAAAGUGCAAUAUUUGAAAAAAAGUGCUAUUUUUCUUAUUAAAAAACAAACAUUUUGUUGUUCGGGGGAAUAAAAGAUGGAACAGAUUAAUGACAUUUCCAUUCCUUUCAAUGGGGAAAGAUGAUUUGAGCACUACCUACAGUACUAGUAUGCCAAAGUUGGACUAAUAAUGAGGACAAAGAGCCUACUUGUAGAGUACAGUACAUGGAUAUCAAGCUUAUCGAAUAAAAACUGAAAAUGGAUUUCCAUUGUGCUGAUGUACCUAAUGUUAUGUCCCUGGCAUGCUUUUUUUGUGUCCAUUUCCUACUAAUUAAAUUGUAUUUGUUUUUUUAAUAUUAUCAAAGCUUACACACACACACACAUACACAGUACACACACAUACACAUGCACUCACACAAACUGUUACGUUUCCAACCUGUGCCUGGACUUCGACGACAGACCAGCUCUGCACAUCGUCUUCUGUGUUCGAUUGGAUGGACUUAGAAGGGGAAACUGCCAUCUCUGUUUAUGACGCGGGAAUCCCGCCGGCGCAUUAGCGCGUGCGUGUUUGCACACUUUUAACGACACGGUCGUGUGUGCAUGGUGGACGGUCGCCAUGACAGAGGCUCACUUGAUGUAUUUUAAACAAAGGAUUAUGGCGUAUGUGCGUUGUACUUUACUGAUGGUGCUUUGCCGUCUGUGGUGUCUGUCGUUUAUUUCUCACUGCCUGGCCAUCAUGAAAACAUGUGGAUGGAGUUUCCUUAUGGAAGCAUAUUUGGUAACCAAGGCAAACUUGAUGGAUUCUUAAAAGGUCUUUAAAAAGUCAAAAAUGAAGACCUAUGCUUUAAAACUUGAUUUGAAACCCUCUGACCUCUGGCUAACCCUGGCUCAAAACCUUCAUUUACAACCCUAACCCUUGUUUGAAACCUCAAUUUGAAACCCUAACCAUUGUUUGAAGUCCUAAUCCUAAAAAGCCUGAACCGAGGUUUAAAACCCUAAUUUGAGACCCUAUAAACCUGGAUUAAAACUCCAAUUUCAAACUCCAACCUAUGCUUGAAACCCUAAUUUGAAGCCAUAAUCCUGACUGGAACUCAGACUGGAAGCCUUAAUUAGAAAAACUACCCUCGGUCUUGGAACUCUAACCCCAGUAUAAAACCCUAAUUUGAAACUAUACCCUGCACUUGAAACGCUAACCUUAGCUUCAAACCCUAAUUUGAAACCUCAAUCAUUGUUAGAAGCUCCGACCCCAAAGAUUAAUAAUUACAAUGAAAAAAGCACAUUAUACAUUAUGUGGAUAGAUCAAUAUAUUUUGAAUGAUUUUUAUUUAUUAUCAUUACUUGUUUUUAGAGUUUGCCUCUUCGCCGCCAUCACGAUAAAAAGUCGCUAAAGGAUGAUAAUGGUGAGCAAUCUUCUUUCCGUGAUGAGGCAUUUCCUAGAAAAACAUCUCAAGUGACGGAGAGGGUCAAGCACUUCAAAGGAAGAAAAAUGAGGCAGUGUUGAAUGUUGAGCAACUAGUAUAAACUGUGUUUUGUAGCCUUGAGAAAAGCAAUUCAGUUUGCUGUGGGGGCAUUAAAGGAAAAAAAAAAAGA